UAGUUUUGCAUCUUUAUGAGAUCAAUAACUUGAUAGGAGGAAGGCUAAGAAAAUCUGUCAUUUUUUUUUUCUCUUUCCAGAUAUGAGAAAUGAGUGUUGGACGCAGAAGAUUAAAGCUGUUGGGAAUUUUGAUGAUGGUAAACAUUUUUAUUUACGUGAUUGUGGAAGUCUCGAAAAGUGGCAGCCAAGAGAAGAAUGCAAAGGGCCGUGUUAUUAUACCACGCACCAAAUUCUGGAGAAAAUACACUCCUCACAAAGCUUAUUGGAACAAACAGCAACAGAAGCUUGAACUGCUGUACAACCCUAUUCUGACCUUGCUUUCCAAUAUGACCGUGGAAGAGAACUUGGUUUUGAACUCAAGUGUUCUCAGUUCCUGUGACCCUGACCCAUGGGUACCUUCAGAGGUUAGUGACUUUGCAAACUUGCCAGACAGAUUCAAAGACUUUCUACUUUAUUUGAGGUGUAGAAAUUAUUCGUUGUUAAUGGAUCAGCCAAACAAAUGCAAACAUAAACCUUUUCUGCUGCUGGCUAUUAAGUCACUUACACCCCAUUUUGAUAGAAGGCAAGCAAUUAGGGAAUCCUGGGGCAAGGAAAUAGAAUCAGGGGAUGUGACAGUCAAACGGGUCUUCUUACUUGGACAGACCUCACCGGAGGAUAAUUUUCCUGAUCUUUCACACAUGAUAAAAUUUGAGAGUGAAACCUACCAAGACAUUCUCCUCUGGAACUACAGAGACACUUUCUUCAAUUUAACUCUGAAAGAGGUGCUGUUUCUUAAGUGGGUCAGCAGCAGCUGCGCAGAUGUCCAGUUUAUUUUUAAGGGUGAUGAUGAUGUUUUUGUGAAUACCCAUCAGAUCCUGGAUUACUUGAAGAGCUUAUCAAAGGACAAAGCCAAAGACUUAUUUGUAGGCGAUGUGAUCAAAGAUGCUGGACCUCAUAGAGAAAAAAAUUUGAAGUACUACAUCCCAGAAAGUGUUUAUGAAGGUUCGUAUCCUCCAUAUGCAGGAGGUGGUGGGUUUCUGUACUCUGGUGAUCUGGCAUUAAGACUGAAUAAUGCGUCUGACCAGGUACUCCUUUACCCCAUUGAUGAUGUUUAUACUGGAAUGUGCCUUCAGAAGCUUGGGCUUGCUCCGGAAAAACAUAAAGGCUUCAAAACAUUUGAUAUCGAAGAGAAAUACAGAAAUAACAUAUGCUCCUACACAAACUUAAUGUUAGUACAUAGUAGAAAACCUCAAGAAAUGAUUAAGAUUUGGACACGCUUGCAAGAUCCACACUUAAAUUGUUAAAAGCAUGGUUUGGAUCUCCUAUAAAGCGGUAGCAAAUCUAGAAUUGUGCAGAUCCGAAGAGUUUCGAAUU